CAUAAUGCACCGAUCACCGGCGAUUGAUUCUGUGCAGAUCUGGGUCAUCUCGAACAUGUCAUGUGACCACAGUCUGUUGUUCACAGUUCACCCUCUGUAACGUUUUGGCUACAAACGGGUUUCCUCAAGGUAUCACUGCUCCACGUUAUAAUUAGUACUUCGUUCAUGGUUCUGGCGAAAUUACUUAUUGGUUGUUGGUUACUUAUUACAGUAUAGAGGCGGUGGCGUUAUGUGAUGUCACUUCCUGCCAAUGUCUCCGUCUUCGCUUUUCUGUUUCAGUCGGGUGAUGGACACUCAGAAGGAAGCUCUGCGUAGGAUUAUCAGCACAUUAGCCAGUAAAAAUGAAGAUCUCCAAAGCUUCCUGGAAACACUCAACACCACAUUGACAGGACUGCAGGAGGAGUCAUGUAAAGUGAUGUCCGACCUGGAGGUGGAGCUUGGUGAGCUAAGCGCUGCACUGGAAGAGAAGGGGGCAGAGCUCCGUGAUGUCAUUCAAGAGGAAAAGCAGAGGAAGGAGGCGGAGCUUCAGAACCAACUGUCAGAGGGAAAGUUUGCUCUGCUGUCAUGUGAAGAACUGCUUGAGUUUGCAAAUCAGACACUUACCAUCACCAAUGAAGAAGAAUUCUUGAAGGCUGCAAAACAAAUCAAGGAAAGGGUAACGAUGGCUCCGGCUUUCCGGCUGACAACUCGACCAGCUGCGUCAGAGAGCAUGGCGCAAUUUACUGUUGACUUCAGUACGGAGAGGACAAGGCUUCAACAACUUAAUUUCCUACCUGUGCCCCAAGCUCCAGUGAUUGAUGUCUCCAGCUGUGUCAUCUGUGACAACAAUAUAACAGUUGUGUGGCUGCCGGCUAGAGAGUCAGACAGUGACGGUGUCAGCAGACCAAUUGAACACUAUGAGCUUGAAUACCAAAAAACAAACCACAGUGACCCGCUGAGUGCUGCAGGAGAGGCAUGCUGGGAAAAAAUCUGUGACCUCAUUGAGACUCAGGUCACCAUCUCAGGUCUGAAGUUUGACUCUCGCUUCGUCGUCGUGCGAGUCCGAGCAAAAAACAAAAUGGCUGCAGGAGAGUUUUCUGAGCCCAUCACCAUGGAAACCAGAGCAUAUAACUUUGGCUUUGAUGCAUCGACAGCUCAUGCUGAGCUGAAGGUUCUGGGUAACACAGUGACCUGGGAGCCUCAGGGGGUCAAAGCUCAUGACCACCGACUCAGGGGGAAAGAGAGUAAAAGCAGCAGAAGCAAUACACCCUCACCCAAUAAGACAGCGGGCAGUCGAGCUGGUCGUGACCGAUUCGCUGGAGAGUCAUACACAGUACUUGGCGACCAGGAGAUGAUUGGUGGCUGUCACUACUGGGAGCUCCACCCCCUGGGUGACUGGAAGUCAUUCAGUGUGGGUGUGGCCUAUCGGGCCAGCCUGGGUCGCUUUGACCAAUUAGGGAAGAGCGCCAGUUCAUGGUGUCUCCACGCCAGCCAAUGGCUGCAGAGCUCCCUUUCUGCAAAGCACAACAAUCGAGCAAAGACAUUGGAUUGGUCCCUGCUUCAGAGAAUCGGAAUCUGCUGUGACUAUGACAAUGGUGAUCUGUUGUUUAUUGAUGUUGAGCGACUUCGUCUCCUACACGCCUUCAAAACAAAAUUCACCCAGCCACUCCUCCCUGCUUUCACUGUGUGGUGCGGUGGUAUCUCCAUAACGACUGGUCUACAGGUGCCAAGCUUCAUGGGAAAUUUCCUCUCCACCAAUCAGAGCCUGAGCAACCUGUCGCAGUAAAUCCACUAUUCUUUAAAUAUCUGUUUUUGUUUUAUUUUAAUUUUGAUCAGUGUCAUUCGAUUCUUGGUAUAUAAUUUGAUGUAUUGAUGCUAAUGUAAUA